UGAGAGCAUUGCUUUCAGCGCCAACGGGUGAGACCAUAAACCCUCUCAGUGCGUCGUACCAGGAUAUUUACACAGAGGGAAGACGGGUGCUUUUACACACCCAAGCUUUUCCUGCUUCACUAGAACCGGAAUGGCACAGCCGUCGGCAACCCGAUUCCCCACCGCUGCACCUCCAGCAAGCGCAGGCUUGCCGCGCAGACAGCCGCUCCUCAGCACCCCCGCUUCUCCACCGUUCGCCGCCGUGAUGCGGGGCCCUCCACCUCCAGCCAGACCGCCGUUCGGACGCCUGCCCUUCGAUCCCAGCGUCCCGCCGCCCAUAGCGACUCCCCAUUUACAGAGACCACCAUUUAUACCACCACCAGUAGGCAGCAUGCCUCCCCCUCCUGGCAUGAUUUUUCCCCCUGGAAUACCACCUGCAGCCUCAGCCACACCCACUGCCCCAACAAUGACCACUACAGAAGAGAUCUGGGUGGAAAACAAGAGCCCAGAGGGAAAGGUAUACUACUAUAACGCCCGUACGCGAGAGUCUGCUUGGACGAAGCCUGAGGGUGUGAAGGUGAUCCAGCAGGCUGAGCUCACUCCUCUGAUGCUAGGCCAGGCUGCAGCAGCCACGGCUACAGGAGCCGUGUCCAGCACCCCUAGCCCUUCCCCCAGCGUUCCAGCUGCAGGCUCCAGCAUCACACCUCCCCACACUACCCAGACCGUUUCCACAGCCAUGAGCUCCACCUCCACCCCCAGCACCACUGCAGUCUCACCACUUCUGCCCACACCUGGAGCAGCUCCUGAAGGUGCUGAGCUGUCAUCUGCAGUAACUGCGCCCCACAGUGUGGCAAUGACCCCUGUAGCUGCUGUCAAUCCCCCCACAGUAGCAGUCACUGUGACUACAGGUCCACAGCCUCUUCCUGUGGGGCUGUCCCACACGGUGCCACAGCCUGCUGCUGCCAUCCCAGCCUUUCCUCCGGUAAUGGUGCCACCUUUCAGAGUGCCUCUGCCAGGUCUGCCCAUUCCAUUGCCCGGUGUAGCAAUGAUGCAGAUAGUCAGCUGUCCCUAUAUAAAGACUAUCUCUCCCAGCAAGAACGGUAUGCUUCCCGGCAUGGCACCUCCCCUGUUACCUAUGAUGCCUCCUCAGAUGACAGUAGCAGCAGCCUCCUCACCACUGGCCCUGUCUGAAUGGUCUGAGUUUAAAACUGCAGAAGGGAAGUCCUACUAUUACAACAAACGCACAUUGGAGACCACCUGGGACAAGCCAGAAGAGCUCAAAGAGAAAGAAAAGGAGCUUGACAAAGCCAAGGAUACUGUAGUGGACAUUGAGGAGCCUGUUGUAAUGGAGGUGGAAGAAGGAAGCCCAAAGAUUGAUCCACCUAAAGAGCAGAAAGAAGAGCCAAAGGAAGUAGAGAUGACAGAAGAAGAGAAAGUUGCCAAGAAAGCCAAACCUGUAGCCACCACACCCAUUCCUGGCACUCCUUGGUGUGUUGUGUGGACUGGUGAUGAACGUGUGUUCUUCUACAACCCCACCACACGUAUGUCCAUGUGGGAGCGGCCAGAGGAGCUGGUGGGACGUGCUGAUGUAGAUAAGAGCAUCCAGGAGCCGCCACAUAAGAGACACCUAGACAACGGUCCCAAACAGGCAGCUGGCAAACCAGAACAAGAGCCUGUAGUGACGGAGGACACACCAGAGGAUGAGCCCAGCAAGGCAAAGAAGAGAAAAGUGGAGGAGAGGAAAGAGACAGACUCAGAAAAGGAGGCAGCAAUGGAGGCUGAGCUGAGAGCAGCGAGGGAGCGAGCUGUUGUACCACAGGAGACACGGAUGGGACAGUUUAAAGACAUGCUGCUGGAGAGAGGGGUUUCAGCAUUCUCCACCUGGGAGAAGGAGCUGCAUAAGAUAGUGUUUGAUCCCCGGUAUCUGCUGUUAAACCCCAAGGAACGGAAGCAGGUGUUUGACCAGUACGUGAAGACCCGUGCUGAGGAGGAGAGGAAAGAAAAGAGGAACAAAAUCAUGCAGGCCAAAGAAGAUUUCAGGAAGAUGAUGGAGGAAGCCAGACUUGGAGUCAGAACCACUUUUAGCGAAUUUGCAGCUAAGCAUGCCAAGGACUCGCGAUUCAAAGCAAUUGAGAAGAUGAAGGAUAGAGAGGCCAUUUUUAUCGAGUUUAUGACCUCUUUCAGGAAGAAAGAAAAAGAGAACUCAAAGAAUCGAGGCGAUAAGGUGAAACAGGACUUUUUUGAGCUGCUGUCUGAUCACCAUGUGGACGGCCAGCAGCGUUGGAGCAAAGUGAAGGAGAAGAUGGAGACAGAUCCUCGGUACAAAGCAGUGGAGACAUCAGCAGCACGAGAGGAACUCUUCAAGAGCUUUGUGGAGAAGCUCACCAAGAGCUUGAACUCGGAGAAGGAGAAAGAACUGGAGAAGCAGGCAAGGAUCGAGGCAAGCCUGAGGGAGAGAGAGCGGACAGUGCAACGCUUUCGCUCUGAGCAGACCAAAGAGAUUGACCGGGAACGAGAGCAGCACAAGCGAGAGGAAGCCGUGCAGCACUUCAAAGCCCUCAUGUCUGAUAUGGUGAGGUCAUCAGACGCCACCUGGUCUGAGACACGCCGCUCUCUGAGGAAGGACCACCGCUGGGAGUCUUCUUCAUUGCUGGAACGGGAGGAGAAAGAGAGGCUCUUCAACGAGCACAUCGAGGCACUGACCAAGAAGAAAAAAGAGCUUUUCCGGCAACUUUUAGAUGAGACAGCUGUUGUCACGUUGACAUCGACAUGGAAGGAGGUCAAAAAGAGCAUCAAAGAUGAUCCAAGAUGUCUAAAGUUUUCUAGCAGUGAUCGGAAAAAACAGAGGGAGUUUGAAGACUACAUCAAAGACAAACACAUCACAGCUAAAGCAGACUUCAGAACUCUGCUGAAAGAGACAAAAUUCAUCACUUACAAAUCUCGUAAAUUGAUACAGGAGUCUGAGCAGCACCUGACAGACAUAGAGAAGAUCCUACAAAAUGAUAAGCGCUAUCUGGUACUAGACUGUGUGCCAGAAGAAAGACAUAAACUCAUCAUGGCAUACGUAGAAGAGCUGGACCGCAGAGGACCCCCUCCACCUCCCACUGCCUUUGAGCCUGCUCGACGCUCCACUAAAUGAUCAGUUCACAAAUACAUCUGCCAGAACUCCAGCUCUUUCUACCAGCAAUCUUCAGACUGCCGUCCAUGUCUUAAAAUUGGUCUUAAACCUGAACUUUUACAGUAUUCCAUGAUGCUGAUUCUAAUCCUAGUUUUUGACACCAUCCUCAUCUCUUUCUCAUCUGAAUGAAGGACGGAAUGGAGGCAGGCAUGUGGAUGGAAUUUUGUCAUGGUCUAAGUGGCUGCUGAGAGCAAAUGUCAAAACCGGUUAAAGAGUGACCGUGUUAGCAGGGAUUGGUUCUACACCCAGUCAAGCCCACCUGAUCCCUCUAGCAUGGUGAAAGUGAGCAUUAGCACAGAAGGGACAGCUGUAUUUGUGGUGUGCCAGAGAGAAAGCCCAGUUGCGGGUUUGGCACAGAAACCGUGACCACCUGAAGGCCUCUCGUCUGUUCCACCCUGUUCCUCUCUUUGGCUACCUGUGGCUUCAUCGUGGUCCUUGUUGUCCCUGCCUCUAAUUGUUUUAACUUUUGUACAAAUGUUUCUGUUGAAAUUGGGAGGAUCCCCAGUUUCGUUUUCAUCUCUGGUGACUGUGGUCAUCCAAUGGGGUGUUUAGCUACUGAAACCCCGCCAUGCGUCUGUCAUUUUAAUUGACAAUUCAAAUGUAAAAUAUUUUUUAAAAUAAUGCAUAGGUAUGUAUCCAUUAAGUCAUUAACCGUAUGUGAUCUUGGUCCGUGCAGGCAGUGACAGUUGACAGCUCAUAGUAAGGUUUAAUUUAAUUGUUCUGAUGUUUUUGAAAAGAUGGCAACUUUUUUGGAGUUGCUGUAUUUCUGUACAAGUUGACUGGAAUAAAGGCAACCUACAUUUUUACAUGUUCAA